AUGACUGAGCUGCCACCGUGCACCGCCACGCCUCAUGGGCUUGCCACCACGGGCCACCCUAAAGAAACCGUUCUGCAACCUUUUGGCCCAUACUUGCGAAUUACCAUGAUGGACGCAUUUCGCAAACGGGAACGAGCGGAGGAUAUGGGUCAAGAAGAACAGCCAUCAUCGUUGCGUACCCCUGUUAGUCCUCCCCGAAAGAGUCGGCGUCUGGAGGUGGCGCAUUGGAAAUCUCCCUGGCAGUUAACUCGGAUCCGGGAUCUGCCGGAACAUGUCAACCGAGAUGCUGUCAGUCUCAAAGAUAUUCUCGGCGACCCCCUGAUCACAGAGUGCUGGGAAUUCAAUUAUUUGCAUGACAUAUCGUUCUUGAUGGACGCCUUUGAUCCAGAUACGAGACAUCUAGUAGAUGUGCAUGUUGUGCAUGGAUUUUGGAAACAAGAAGAUUUGAAUAGAGCGACAAUUUCCGUGGAGGCAGCUCGACAUGGUAACGUGAAACUUCACGUCGCCCCAAUGCCCGAGAUGUUUGGCACCCACCACUCCAAAAUGAUUAUAUUGUUUCGCAACGACGAAACUGCACAAGUCAUCAUACACACGGCCAAUAUGAUUGCCAAGGACUGGACCAACAUGACCAAUGCGGUAUGGAGGUCACCCCGGUUGCCGAAAAUGGAUGACGAGACUGAAAAGGCCGCCCUUCCCAAGGACUAUGCCGACCUACGGAUCGGCGGCGGAGAACGAUUCAAGGCUGACCUUGUCAACUAUUUGAGAUCAUACGACCGUAGGAAAGUCACAUGUGGGCCGCUCGCAGACAAGAUCAGUCACCAUGACUUUUCUGCUGUCAAUGCAGCAUUAAUAGCAAGUGUUCCUGGAAAGCAUCCCACAAAUGACUUGUCAAAGACGGCCUUUGGUUGGGCUGCGAUCCAAAGAUGUCUUCAAACUGUAAGAUGCAAACCUAGCGUCUCGGAAAUCGUCAUUCAGGUGUCAUCCAUCGCAACCCUGGGUGCCAAUGAUACGUGGCUUCAGAAAACACUCUUUGAAUCUUUGAAAACUUGCAAGGAUGAGCCUGCGCAGAGACCAGUUUUCAAGAUUAUAUUUCCCACAGCAGACGAGAUUAGAGAAUCUCUUGAUGGCUAUUCGUCGGGCGGAUCGAUUCAUACCAAGAUACAAUCACCUCAACAAGUCCAGCAACUACGCUACCUACGACCAAUGUUGCACCACUGGGCAAAUGAUAGUCGGAAUGGGAUAUCUUUGCCUCCGGAAAGUAGAAUGAAGAAUGGUGGGCGGAACAGAGCUGCUCCACAUAUCAAGACAUACAUUCGAUAUAACAACGUGAACUCGAUUGACUGGGCACUUCUCACAUCCGCCAAUCUCUCCAAACAAGCAUGGGGCGGAGAAAGUGUCAAGUCAACCGGGGAGACGAGAAUAGCGUCUUGGGAAAUCGGGGUUCUGCUAUGGCCCGCGCUAUUUGGCAGCAACGCUUCGAUGGUGGGCACAUUUCAGUCGGAUUUUCCUGGGGGAGACGACUCUGCAAACGAGACUGGCGCAGAUUUGAUUGGAUUGAGAAUCGCUUACAGCCUUCCUUUGCAGAGGUACAGUCAAGAAGAAAUUCCAUGGGUUGCGUCGAACAACCAUCCCGAACCGGACUGUUUUGGCCAGAAAUGGAUGUAG